UGGAUGAUGGCUCUUCUGAUCAGUGUGAUACCUCACUGUAGUUUUGAUUUGCAUCUUUUCGUGUGCUUCUUGACCAUGUGUGUGUCUUCCUUGGAGAUGUCUGUUCAGAUCUGCUCAUUUGUGAUUUGGGGUUUUUUUUUUAAUUGAAUACAUGAGCUAUUUGUAAACUUGGGAGAUUAAUCCCUUAUUGGUAAUAUGGCUUGCAGAUAUUUUCUCCCACUCUGUGGGUUUUUUCUGUGCAAAGGCUUUUGAGUGCAAUUAGGUCUCAUUUUCUUCUUUCCAUUACUCUGGGAGAUGAACUUAAAGAUACUGCCGCGAUUUAUGUCAGUGUUCUGCCUAUGUUUUCCUCUGUUUUAUAGUAUGGGGUCUUACAUUUAGUUAUUUAAUCUAUUUUGAAUUUCUUUUUGUAGAUGGUGUUAAAGAAAGUUCUCAUUUCAUUUUUUUUAAUGUGUAGCUGUAGUGGGACUAUUUCAAAGGAGUAGCUUCUCUGUGUGUAGUGGAAGCUGGUGGGGAAGGCUAGAGAGAAACUAGGGCGAGGAAACCAUGCGGUUAUGCAUGUGUAUUUUCACUGAGCAGAGAUGGGGAGAGUAGUUGGUGUACAGAGAAUAAGGUGACAGGUUAUGGGUACCUCAGACUUCCCUGGUAGCUCAGCUGGUAAAGAAUCUGCCUGCAAUGCAGGAGGCCCUGGUUCAAUUCCUGGCUCAUGAAGAUCUGAUGAAGAAAGAAGAGGCUACCCACUCCAGUUUUCUUGGGCUUCCCUGGGGGCUGAGAUGGUAAACAAUCCACCUACAAUGCAACAGACCUGGCCUUGAUCUCUGGGUUGAGAAGAUCCCCUGAAGAAGGGAAUGGCUACGACUCCAGUAUUCUGGCUUGGAGAAUUCCAUGGACAGAGAGCCUGGCAGGCUACAGUCCACGGGGUUGCAAAGACACAACUGAGCGACUUUUACUAUGGAGCCAGUGACCUUUGAGGACGUGGCUGUGUACUUCACCCAGAACCAAUGGGCCAGCCUGGACUCUGCGCAGAGGGCCCUGUACAGGGAGGUGAUGCUGGAGAAUUAUGCAAACGUGGCUUCCCUGGUAGUGUCUCCGUUCCCCAGACCCAAUCUGAUCUCCCAGCUGGAGAGAGGGGAAGCUCCAUGGGACCCCAAUCCCUGGGAAGCAGAGGAUUUGAGAGGCAUCUGUCCAGGUGGUGAGAGGGGCAUCAAGACAGAAGAGCCGGCGGUAGAGCACCAAGCCUCUGAGGGCACAGAGGCCCACGGCAGGCCCGUGGGAGGGCUUCUCACGAACGUGUCUCAGCACUUGGAUUUUGAAAGCAAGGCAGUGUGGCAGACUUUCAAUCUGAAUCCCAAUCUGAUACUCCGAGGCGGCAUGAAGUUCUACAAAUGUAAAGAAUGUGGCAAGAUCUUCCGAUAUAACUCUCAGCUCCUUAGGCAUCAGAGUAGGCACACUGGGGAAAAGCCCUUCAAGUGCAAGGAGUGUGGCAAAGCUUUCAAGUCCAGCCAGAACUGUAUCAUACAUGAGAAAAAUCACAUUGGCAAAGGACCCUAUGAAUGUAAGGAGUGUGGCAAAGGUCUGAGUUCCAAAACCGCCUUAACCCAGCAUCAGAGGAUCCACACGGGGGAGAAGCUCUAUAAAUGUACGGAGUGUGGCAAAGGUCUGAGUUCCAACACUGCCUUGACCCAGCACCAGAGGCUCCACAGUGGGGAGAAGCUCUAUAAGUGUAAGGAGUGUGGGAAGGCGUUCACCCAGAAGAUCACCUCCAUUCAGCAUCAGAGAGUUCACACCGGAGAGAAGCCCUAUGAGUGUAAGGUGUGUCGGAAAGCCUUCAAGUGGUACCCCAGCUUUCUUCAGCAUCAGAAAAGGCACCGUGUGGAGAAGCCCAUCAAGGCUCUCGGGCCACCCCUGCUGCGUCCCCAGGGCCCCUCUGCACCCUCAGCUCCCGGGCGUCUCCAGGACCCGGGCUCUGCUCCUGCUGUGACCGUGGCCUUGCCACACGCCGUCCUCAUUCCUGCCUCCGGGCCCGUGUUCAUGCUGCUGCCCGCCUCUGGGGUUCUUUCGUCCCCUGUCCAAGUAGUUCGUGUCUUCCAGGGUCUUCCUCCUGCUGUGAAGCCUUCCCCAGUUAUUCUGACUCCUGCUCCUCACCCCCCGUGA